CUCCCACUCACCACCACGGCGGUGACCGGCUGCCCCGGGAUGUACGACAUGGCCCCGCCCGACUCGCCGGCGCGCCCGCCGCCGCGCCAACAAAAGGUCCCUCCGGCCCCGCCCCCCGCUCCACAGCCCAGGAGCCAAUCGGGCGCCGCCUCAGGCCGAGGGAGCGCCGGCGCGUGCGCAUCGAGAGCGGGGGGGGGGGGCGCGCGACGUUUCCCAGCAGCCCGGGUUCCAAGAUGGCGGGCCGCCGCCGCCGGCAGUAGAGGCGGAGAGCUACAGUUGGGGUCUAAACUGCUUGACAAGCCCUUUCGCUUUUGUGUUCUGGUUAUAGUCCAUCUCAGAGCAGGGCAGAGGGGACACAGCCUGGCUCAGGAAGGACUUGGAACUGCUGGGAUGAAUGUCUUGUUGGGAGAGAGAAAUCCUUGAUUCCAAACCAGAGCAAUGGCUACCAUGAUGGCUAAGCGAGAAGGGCCUCAGUUCAUCAGUGAAGGAGCAGUCCGAGGGAAUGCAGCCAUUCUGGAUUAUUGCAGGACAUCCGUUUCUGCCUUGUCAGGAGCAACAGCAGGAAUUCUUGGCCUGACUGGUUUACAUGGCUUCAUCUUCUACAUCUUGGCUUCUGUCCUUCUCUCAGUGCUUUUGGUAUUAAAAGCUGGACGGCGGUGGAAUAAAUACUUUAAAUCCCGAAGGCCACUUUUCACUGGGGGGCUUAUCGGUGGCCUCUUCACGUAUAUCCUCUUCUGGACUUUCCUCUAUGGCAUGGUGCAUGUCUACUAAAAAUAGUAGUAAUCACUUUAGCUGCAAUGGGUUUUAAUGAAAUGGAAGGAUUGUUGCAAAAACUCAUCUAAACAACUGUGCCAGCUUUUGAAAUUGUUGUUCACUGCUUUUAUUGUUAAGGUGGUCAGUAACUUAUGUCUAAGUAAACUGAAUGUAAAAUGUCUUAUGGGAAAAGUCCCUUAAAUUGUUUCCCAUGCUGUUAUAAGUAUCCUAUGAAUUGCUAAAAAUCACCAUUUGUCCACCAUUCUUGGCUGGCUUCAUUCCUUUUACGUUCUGCAUCUGUAAGAUCAGAAAUAGCAGCUAUAUUUUAUUGUGUGUUCCUACUGUCACCGUUUGCACCAGCAUACAAGCAUUGAUUAAAAAAAAAGUAUUUAACUAUAAGCUUAAAGCAAUGAAAUCUAAAAGAAAACACUGACACAAAGUUAAUUUCACAGUAAUAUGUAAUUAAAUGUACCUGAAACUCGGGAUAGAAGUAUCUUAUUUGUCUGGAUCAUUCGUGUAAGUGCUGUGAUCCUGGGUGCAGUCACAUUACAAACAGGAAAUUAAAGCUACUAAAACAUUUUAAUCUCUUCCAU